GUAGACGUCGCACCCGGAAGUGAAGCGGCUCCGCGACGGAGCGGCGGCGCGCGCGGCAGGGCCCUGAGUAUCCCGUUUUCUCGAGAGGAAACCACUGCAUCGGGUCGGCGCUGCGGGUUACAGCCACCGGCGUGGUUGACCAUGGCCCUUUCUAUGGAGACCGAGUCGCACAUCUACCGAGCUCUGCGCACUGCCUCUGGGGCUGCUGCCCACCUUGUGGCUCUGGGCUUCACCAUCUUUGUGGCUGUGCUUGCCAGGCCUGGCUCCAGUCUGUUCUCCUGGCACCCCGUGCUUAUGUCUCUGGCUUUCUCUUUCCUGAUGACUGAGGCACUGCUGGUGUUCUCUCCUGAGAGUUCGCUGCUGCACUCCCUCUCACGGAAGGGCCGAGCACGCUGCCACUGGGUACUGCAGCUGUUGGCCCUGCUGUGUGCACUGCUGGGCCUGGGCCUUGUUAUCCUCCACAAGGAACAGCUUGGCAAAGCCCACCUGGCUACAUGGCAUGGGCGAGCAGGGCUGCUAGCUGUGCUGUGGGCAGGGCUGCAGUGCUCAGGUGGGGUGGGGCUGCUCUACCCCAAACUGCUGCCCCGAUGGCCCCUGGCCAAGCUCAAGCUGUACCAUGCCACUUCUGGGCUAGUGGGCUACCUUCUGGGUAGUGCCAGCCUCUUGUUUGGCAUGUGCUCACUCUGGUUCACUGCCACAGUUACCAGUGGGGUCUGGUACCUGGCUGUGCUAUGCCCUGUCAUUACCAGCUUGGUCAUCAUGAACCAGGUGAGCAAUGCCUACCUGUACCGCAAAAGGAUCCAGCCGUGAGCUCUUCAAAGCCUAGGGGAAGCCUGGAUUUCCCCUCAGUGUAGGAGCUGGGGCUGGGACCUUCUGGACUUGCUCAGCUGACUAGGUCACAGGUAGCCCUCAGGCACUGGGGCAGUCAGGGAUAGGAGUCCUGUGUGUGACAUUUUUGCUUGCUCCUCACACUGGAGUGCCUCCCCUUUCCUUCUCUAUGAUCCCAGAGGAGCAUAUGGAUCAUGUGACUGGAUGAAGCUGGAGAUGCAAGACUGCCUCCCCAGCAGCUCAACUCAUAUUUGUACUGGUAUGUCCAGAAAUUACAGGAGAGAAAAAAAAUAAAAAAUGACUGAAAAGACUGGAUGGGAAGAAUA